AUGCACAAGUCAGCUAUCCUCGGACUCCUGGCCUCGAGCCCAGUCUCGGCCCAGCUUCACAGCCUGGCGCAGGCCGCUGGACUCAAGUACUUCGGCAGUGCCGUCGACAACGGAUACCUGAGCGACGCUCCUUACCAGAAGCUCGCCAAUAACGUCGAGGAGUUUGGCCAGCUCGUCCCCGAGAACGGCCAGAAGUGGGAGACCGUCGAGCCUCGACAGGGCGAGUUCGUUUACACCACCGCCGACGUCGUUCCUGAUCUGGCAAAGAAGAACAAGCAGAUUCUGCGAUGCCAUGCUCUGACUUGGCACAGUCAGCUGCCCAACUGGGUUUCUGCUGGAAAGUUCUCUGCUAGUGAGCUCACCGAGAUCAUCGAGGCUCAUAUCGCCAACGUUGUUGAGCACUACAAGGGCGACUGCUACGCUUGGGAUGUAGUCAACGAGGCCAUUGACGACAGCGGAGAGUGGCGAGACAGUGUCUUUUACCAGACUCUUGGAACUGACUACCUCCCCAUCUCUUUCAAGGCUGCCAGGAAGGCCGACCCCGCCGCCAAGCUGUACUACAACGACUACAACCUCGAGCAGAACGGCAAGAAGACCGACCGUGCCAUCGAGCUUGUCAAGAUCAUCCAGAAGGCCGGUGCUCCCAUUGACGGUGUUGGUUUCCAGGGCCAUCUCAUCGUCGGCCAAACCCCCUCUCGCUCUGAGCUCGUCACCAUGCUCAAGCGCUUCACUGCUCUUGAUGUCGAGGUUGCCUACACUGAGCUUGAUAUCCGCCACGAGUCCGUUCCCGCCUCUGCUGCUCAGCUGAAGACUCAGGGUGACGAGUAUGCCGAUGUUGUUGGAUCUUGUCUCGAUGUUGAGGGCUGUGUUGGUGUUACCGUCUGGGGCAUCACUGACAAGUACAGCUGGAUCCCAGGUGUCUUUGAGGGCAACGGUGAGGCUCUUCUCUACACCGACGAUUACGAGAAGAAGCCUGCCUGGACCAGUGUCUCCAGCCUCCUCGCUGCCGCUGCUACUGGCGCUCCUGUCACCAGCUCUGCUGCUCCCGUUGAGACCACCGAUGCUCCCGCUCCUGUCACCACUCUCCAGACCAAGACCAAGCCCGCCUACACUUACUCCGACGAGGAGGAGGAGACCGAGUAUCCUACCACCACCUUCGUGAACAACACUGCUCCCGCCAGCACCGUGGUCUCCCGCACUGCCCUCGCCACCGAGGUUGAUGAUAACGAUGAUGACUGUGCUGAGACCGACGCCCCCUACACCUCCUACGCCGUCCCCAGCAACGGCACCUCCGUCUACCCCACCGAAGCCCCCGUCGAUAGUGACGAUGACUGCGAGGAGACCGAGGUCCCUGUUCCUACCUACGAGGUCCCCAGCGACGGCACCUUCAAGCCCACUGCCGCAGCCAUCAGCGACGUCCCCGAGCCCACCACCCGCGUGCCCAUCGUCCGCCACAGCAGCGCCGCCUACACCUACAAGUGGAACACCGAGACCGCCCCCGUGUACCAAGUCCCCAGCGGCACUGCCCCUGCUGGACCUGUCGGAACCGGCACCAACGGGCCUGUCAAGCACUACUACCAGUGCGGUGGAAAGCACUACAAGGGCUCUACUGAGUGCGAGAAGCCCUUCAAGUGUGUUGAGAUGAACGACUACUACUCCCAAUGCGUUUAA